UUCUCCCCCUCUCUCAACCCUAAUUGCUUAACGGGUUUGUUGUCCCUCUCUUUUUACCUCAACCUAAAGUGUGUCUGUUGCUCAAAUUAUGGUGACAUACUUGGUUUAUAUAUAUCAACUUUGCAAAUCGAAUUCUGUUACACUGUUUAGAGUUGUGUUUUCGGGAAUGGAAUUAACCUUAUAUUCGGGUUCGUUCGUGUAUGCUCAUAUAUAUGUGUUUGGAAUAAGUCGCUAAGAGAUACAAACGACAUUCUAUAUUUUUCAUUUCACUUUUAGGGACUUGACGCAAGAUUGGGAUGAGGGAUACAUAGUCCCUCUACAAAUGGCGGGCAAGAGGAAUGAUUAUGGAAAGAGGACGCACUCGCAAUCUGACUAUGCUGGGAAUGGAGGAAGUAAGAGAAGAAAUCCCAGUGAUGAAAGGGAAUCAAAUGCUAUCGGAUCAGAAGAUACCGUUUUUCGUUACUUGUGCCCUGUGAGAAAGAUUGGAAGUAUUAUUGGGAGGGGUGGGGACAUUGCAAAGCAAUUACGAGCAGAAACUCAAGCAAAGAUUAGGAUUAGUGAGACUGUGCCUAGCUGUGACGAGCGUGUUGUUACUAUUUAUAGUUCAAGUGAGGAGACAAACAGCUUUGGGGAUAGCAGCAAUCUUGUUUCACCUGCACAGGAUGCUCUCUUCAGGGUGCAUGACAGGAUUGUUGCUGAAGAUUCCCCUGCUGAUGAUGAAUUUGAGGAGCCUCAGCAAGUUACUGUACGGAUGCUGGUACCUUCAGAUCAGAUUGGAUGUGUGAUUGGGAAAGGUGGACAAGUAGUCCAGAAUAUACGUACUGAAACUCGUGCUCAGAUUCGGAUUCUUAGUAGGGAACAUCUGCCACCCUGUGCUUUGAAUUCUGAUGAGCUUAUCCAGAAAAUAUUGGAUUCAAUUUUGUAUGCCAUUAUCUUGGUUGGCAACUUGAGUGAUAGUUUUAUCAGCACUGCCCUCUUGUCUGUAGUUGUAAGUCAGGCAGUUUUGUUACCUCCAUGUACGCAUAAAGUUGUCAAUGUGAUAACUGGGGAGGCUGCAGUUGUCAAAAGUGCUCUGUAUCAAGUGGCAUCUCGUCUUCAUGAUAAUCCAUCACGAUCUCAGCACAUGCUCUUGUCUUCAUCCAGUAUCUAUAGAGCUAGUGGUACCUUCAUGGGUCCAAAUACUGGUGCUCCGCUUAUGGGUGUAACAUCUCUGAUGGGUCCUUAUGGGAGUUAUAAAAGUGAUGGUGGUGAUUGGUCUGCUUCUGUCAAGGAAUUCUCUCUUCGGUUGGUCUGUCCAACAGAAAAUAUUGGAGGUGUAAUUGGCAAAGGUGGUGGUAUUAUCAAACAAAUCAGGCAGGAAUCUGGUGCAUCCAUAAAAGUUGAUAGUUCUAAUGCUGAAGGAGAUGAUUGCAUUAUAGCUGUAUCGGCGAAGGAGUCAUUCGAAGACCCAUCUCCAACAAUUGAUGCAGCAAUGCGAUUGCAACCACGAUGCAGUGAGAAAAGCGAAAAGGAAUCAGGUGACCCUGUGAUCACGACUCGUCUACUAGUUCCAAGUUCGCGCAUUGGAUGCCUUAUUGGGAAAGGUGGCAGUAUCAUUACUGAGAUGAGAAAUGCCACGAGAGCAAGCAUCCGUAUCCUUUCAAAGGAAAGUCUUCCCAAAGUUGCGUCUGAAGAUGACGAGAUGGUCCAGAUCACUGGAGACCUCAAUGUUGCUAGCAAUGCCCUCCUACAAGUAACCAUGCGCUUGAGAGCCAAUUCAUUUGACAUGGAGGGAGCUUUAGCUGCACUGCCACCAGCUCUCCCCUAUGUCCCUAUGUCGGUGGAUAUGUCAGAUGGUUCAAGAUAUGGAAACCAUGAUAAUAAAUCCCGUGGACGUGGAUAUUCUUCUUACUCUGGUGGAUAUGAUUCUAGUGACAUGCCUCCAAGUGACAGUUAUGAUAGUCACGGUGGUUCACAGAUGGGUAGCGGAAGUAGUUAUGGAGCAUAUGGCAUUUACACUAGUCGCACUGGUGGUUCCGGGUUAUCUAGUCAGAAUCCUGUUUCCCAUGGGAAACAUCGUGGUUAUUAG